AUCGGUUGAAGGAGCGGCAGGUUUGAAAGCGAGGCCCCGUAGAGUUGUGGUGCGUGCGCGUAGCUGUUAGGCGGUUGGCGGCGCGGGGCUGGGGUCCCCCGGGAGGAGCGGACAUGUCGCAUAAACAAAUUUACUAUUCGGACAAAUACGACGAUGAGGAGUUCGAGUACCGGCACGUCAUGUUGCCCAAGGACAUAGCCAAACUGGUCCCUAAAACCCACUUGAUGUCUGAGUCUGAGUGGAGGAACCUUGGUGUCCAGCAGAGUCAGGGAUGGGUCCAUUACAUGAUCCAUGAACCAGAGCCUCACAUCUUGCUGUUCCGGCGGCCACUGCCCAAGAAGCCUAAGAAAUGAAAGAACAUGCCACUUCUAUCUGGAGCUGUACAUAGCUGUCCUUACCUGCUAACAUCUUUCUGCUAAUAGUGUUGCCUUCUUGUUUCUCACUUGGGAUAUUUAAGGGAUGUUUAAUACACUGUUUGAAAGUGCUGGUGACUCUCUUGUUUCUUGAGCAAAACUGCCACCACCACCACUACCCCAUUGGGUGCUUUGAUGAAUGUAACUUCAGCUGAGCUUUGCCUCCAAAAGCCGUGGCAAGCGCUCUAUCAAGCUGAACACCUUGGCUGGAUGGACAAAGCACCAAGAGUGACUGAAGACUUGUCACUGCUUAGUUGUGGGGCUUGUAUAAUUGUUGCCAUUUGUGGGUUUUUCCUGCCAAUUUGUGUGCAAGGUGACUUAAUGGAUGGAUAUUUUCAUUUGUUGGAAACUUUCCAUUUUAUUCAAGAAAUGUCUGUUCUGUUUAAAUCCCUUGAAUAAAGAGGAAGUUUUUUGUAAUUCA